UGGUUUAAUACGGAGGGUAGAUCUGCGUUGAGGAAAAGGGCAAAUGCAUAGAAUUUCUUAUACAAAAGAGGAAACAAAUUAUUCUUUUAAUUACCAGGAGAGCGAAACGUUCUUUGCUGAUAGGGGACUGUCACCAAGGUGGAUUAUGAUCACCAAUACACCAUUGACUAGUUUACUGCACAGAACAUAACCCUCCUUUCUACAAAGCAGGGAGCGGGCUGGAGCAUUGUGGGAAGCUGCUCUCCAAACUCUGCUCUGUUGCUGGGAUGCAGGAUGGCGGCGUUCGGUUUCUUAAGCUACGAGCAGAGACCGCUCAAGCGACCCCGGCUCGGACCUCCGGACGUCUACCCGCAAGACCCCAAGCAGAAAGAGGAUGAGUUGACUGCAGUGAAUGUAAAGCAGGGAUUUAAUAAUCAGCCUGCCUUCUCUGGGGAUGAACACGGAUCGGCCAGGAAUAUUGUCAUCAACCCAGCUAAGAUUGGCGCCUAUUUCAGCAGCAUCUUGGCAGAGAAGCUGAAGGUCAACACUUUUCAAGACACAGGGAAGAAGAAACCUCAGGUGAAUGCCAAAGACAAUUACUGGCUAGUGACUGCCCGGUCCCAGAGCGCUAUCCACAACUGGUUCAUGGAUCUUGCAGGGAACAAACCUCUGACUGUUUUAGCCAAAAAGGUGCCGAUUCUUAGCAAGAAGGAAGAAAUCUUCGUCUAUUUGGCCAAGUAUUCAGUGCCGUUGUUGCGGGGCGCCUGGCUCAUAAAGAUGACCUGUGCCUACUAUGCCGCAGUUUCUGAAGCCAAGAUUAAGAAGCGGCAAGCCACGGAUCCCAACCUAGAAUGGACGCAGAUUUUGACGAGGUACCUCCGUGAGCAACUGGCCAAAAUAGCUGAAUAUUAUCACGGUUCUGGAGGCCAAAUUCCAGCUCCCACAGCACCGGUUCCUCCUGAGGUGGAGCAAGCAAUAAAACAGUGGGAAUACAAUGAGAAACUGGCCUUUUACACAUUCCAGGACGGGAUGUUGGAAAGACACGAAUAUUUGACCUGGAUCCUGGAAGUUCUGGAGAAAGUCAAACCAGCCGAUGAUGAGCUGCUGAAGCUACUACUGCCUCUGAUGCUUCAGUAUUCGGAAGAGUUUGUCCAGUCGGCCUACCUGUCCCGUCGCCUUGCUUAUUUCUGUGCCAGGAGGCUCUCGGCUCUUCUGAGUGAAAGCUCCUCGAAUCUUGUUCCCGCACAUUCACCACAUAUGAUCAUUGGCUCCAAUAACCCAGCCCUGGCUGCUCCCAGUCCUGCCGCUCCCACCACCGCCAUGAGUCCAGUCCAGCCAGCCCUCUCGGACUUCCACUCCUGUCCACAGCAUCGUCCUUUAGUUUACGGUCUCAGUUGCAUGUUGCAGACAAUAACUUUAUGUUGCCCCAGUGCCUUGGUGUGGAAUUACUCCACAAACGAAAGCAAAAGCAACAAUCCUGGCUCACCGCUUGAUUUACUCCAAGUGGCUCCUUCGUGUUUACCCAUGCCAGGGGGAAGUUCCACCUUCAAUCAGCAGGUCCGAGCCAAGAUCUACGAGGUGGAGCAACAGAUCAAGCAGCGGGGACGAGCGGUGGAAGUACGGUGGUCUUUCGACAAGUGCCAGGAGUCCACUGCAGGUUUUACAAUCAGCAAGGUCUUGCACACGUUGGAAGUACUGGAUCGCCAUUGCUUUGAUAGAUCUGACUCCACCAACUCUCUCGACAGCCUCGAUCACAAGAUAUUUGGUUCCAGCCAGGGCAAGGAGAGCCAAGAGCAAAUCGCACCAAAUGAUGAGGCAGUUGUGACGUUAUUAUGCGAGUGGGCAGUGAGUUGCAAGAGAUGUGGGAAGCACAGAGCUAUGACUGUGGCGAAACUGCUGGAGAAGAGGCAGGCUGAAAUCGAGGCAGAGAGAUGUGGUGAGUCUGAAGUCUUGGACGAAAAGGAGUCCAUUUCCUCUGUGUCACUUACCGGUUCAAGCCUGCCUGUUUUCCAGAACAUUCUCCUUCGAUUCCUUGAUACCCAAGCUCCUGUAUUAACUGACCUCGACAAUGAAAACGAGAAGGCAGAAUUUAUAAACCUAGUGCUGCUGUUCUGUGAAUUCAUUCGCCACGAUGUAUUCUCGCACGAUGCGUACAUGUGCACGCUCAUAUCCCGCGGAGACCUCACCUCCGUCACUGCGGCGACCAGGCCUCGGUCGCCCACCGCUGACAAUCCUGAGGAGCACUACAGCAAGGAACAAGACAGGAACCACCUGGCAGUUAAACUGGAGGAUCAAGGGCUGGGAGAGCACAUGGAUAUAGACACAGGACCCACAAAUCUAUUUGAUGAAGUGGACACAAAUGACUUCAAAGCAGAUUUUGGACCCGAGUUUGCAAUCUUCUCUCCGAUGGCUGGGGAUUCGUUGACCUCUGAGCACAAUGCAAGUCUUUCUUUGGAACAAAAUGCCACAAGAGAUGAAAAACCCAUCAGGAAAGAGAGGCAGAGAGAGCUGAUCUUCCCAUGCACUUACAAGCACCCCCGACACCUGCAAUAUGCCACUCACUUCCCCAUUCCCCAGGACGAAACCUCAAGUCACGAGUGUAAUCAGCGAAUGAUUCUUCUGUACGGUGUUGGGAAGCAGAGGGAUGAAGCUCGACACCAGCUGAAGAAGAUUACCAAAGAUAUCCUCAAAAUCUUGAACAAGAAGAGUACAGCUGAAACCACAGGUGAUGAAGGGCAGAAGUCGAAGAGGAUCAAACAGGAAACCCCGCUAACCCUAGAGACUAUUUUUACUAAGCUUCAACAACUUUCCUAUUUUGAUCAGCAUCAGGUGACGUUUCAGAUUUCCAGUAACGUCCUGGAACAAAUCACAAGCUUUGCCUCAGGAACUUCAUACCAUCUGCCUUUGGCCCAUCACAUCCAGCUUAUUUUUGAUAUGAUGGAGUGUGCCCUUAAUAUCAACGGUCUUAUAGAUUUUGCCAUCCAGUUGCUGAAUGAACUAAGUGUGGUGGAAGCGGAGUUGCUGCUGAAGUCCUCAAGUCUGGCUGGGAGCUACACCACCGGGCUGUGCCUGUGCAUCGUGGCUGUGCUACGCCGCUACCAUUCCUGCCUCGUCCUCAACCCCGACCAGACGGCACAAGUGUUUGAAGGACUCUGUGGAGUUGUGAAACAUGUUGUCAAUCCUUCAGAAUGCUCCUCUCCUGAAAGAUGCAUCCUGGCCUAUCUGUAUGACCUUUAUGUCUCCUGCAGCCACCUAAGGAGUAAAUUUGGGGAUCUCUUCAGUAGCGCCUGUUCAAAGGUGAAGCAGACCAUUUACGGCAAUGUGCAGCCCUCCAACUCCAACCUGCUGUGGGACCCAGACUUCAUGUUGGAUUUCAUUGAGAACCCGUCCGCCCAUAAUGUCAACCACUCGAUGCUGGGGAAGAUCUUGAGCGACAACGCAGCCAACCGCUACAGCUUUGUGUGCAACGCCCUUAUGAACGUAUGCAUGGGACAUCAGGACACAGAUAGAAUCAAUGACAUCGCCAACCUUUGUGCUGAACUGACAGCGUGCUGCACCAUACUCAGUUCUGAAUGGCUUGGUGUCCUUAAGGCUCUUUGCUGUUCGUCAAACCAUGUCUGGGGAUUCAAUGAUCUUCUAUGCAGCGUGGAUGUCAGCGACCUAUCAUUUCACGACUCCUUGGCUACGUUCAUUGCCAUUCUAAUCGCCCGCCAGUGCUUUUCGCUGGAGGAUGUUGUCCAACAUGUGGCACUUCCCUCACUCCUGGCAGCUGCCUGUGGUGACCCAGAUGCUGAGCCAGGAGCAAGGAUGACAUGCAGACUGUUGCUACACUUGUUCAGAACGCCACAAGUCAGCCCCUUCCCCCAAGCCAAUGGUAAAUCGAUCCCUGGAAUUCGCUCAUCCUGUGAUCGGCAUCUGUUAGCCGCUGCGCACAACAGCAUAGAAGUGGGGGCAGUGUUUGCCGUUCUGAAAGCCAUUCUGAUGUUGGGGGAUGCAGAGUUAGGCAGCAAUAAUGUUAACUCUUCCAACGCCGAUGACUUCAGCACGACCAGCGUGCUGGCUCCGAUCGGUAUCCAUGAUGACAUCGCCGACAAUGUGAUUCUGAGUACCGCCAACAACGCCAAGUCAAUCAGACGCACUGUUUCCAUAGAAACAGCCAACCUGAGUGAAUACGCCAGGUUUGUGCUGAGGACUAUUUGUCAGCAGGAAUGGGUGGGAGAACAUUGCCUCAAGGAGCCAGAGAGACUGUGCACGGAUAAAGAUCUGAUAUUGGACCCAGUUCUCUCCAACAAACAAGCACGACAGCUUCUGCAGCUUAUCUGUUACCCGCAUGGCCUUAAGGAAAGUGUGGAAGGAGACAACCCUCAGCGACAGCACAUCAAGCACAUUCUCCAGAGUUUGGACCAAUGGAUCCUAAGGCAGUCAUGGCUGGAACUCCAACUGAUGAUCAAACAAUGCAUGAAAGAAGCUGGUCCAGCUUCGGUUACGGAAAUGAACUUGUUGCUGGAAAAUAUCGCCAAGGCUACCAUUGAGGUCUUCCAGCAGUCGGCCGAGCUGAACUCUGUCCCAGUUUCCACGGGAGUUGAGCUGUUCCAUGAGAGCAACAAUGGGAACAACAAUCCGAGGCAGAACGGCAAGAAGACAUUUCUAAGCUGCUCAGAAAGAAAAGGCGUUUGGCUUGUCGCUCCGCUGAUUGCGAAACUCCCCACAUCCGUUCAGGGUCGAGUACUGAAGGCUGCUGGAGAAGAGCUCGAGAUGGGUCAACAUUUGGGGUCAUCAUCUAAAAAGGAAAGGGAUAGACAGAAGCAGAAAAGCAUGUCAUUGUUGAGCCAACAGCCAUUUCUAUCCUUGGUCCUCACCUGCCUGAAGGGUCAGGAUGAACAGAGGGAAGGCUUGCUGACCUCCUUGCAAAACCAGAUCAACCAGAUUUUGAGUAACUGGAGGGAAGAACGUUACCAGGAUGAUAUGAAAGCUCGACAAAUGAUGCACGAGGCUCUUCAGCUACGCCUGAAUCUGGUUGGUGGUAUGUUUGACACUGUCCAGCGCAGCACCCAGUGGACCACAGACUGGGCUCUUUUGUUGCUUCAGAUAAUCACCUCAGGAACCGUUGAUGUGCAGACGAAUGUUGAGCUGUUCACCACUGUUCUGGACAUGCUGGGUGUGUUGAUUAAUGGGACCCUGGCGUCAGACCUGUCGAGUGCCUCCCAAGGAGGAUCAGAGGAAAACAAGCGAGCCUACAUGAACUUAGUGAAGAAACUAAAGAAAGAACUGGGAGAUAAACAUUCGGAGAGCAUCGACAAGGUGCGCCAGCUGCUUCCGUUGCCAAAGCAAACCUGCGACGUGAUCACCUGUGAGCCGAUGGGAUCUCUGAUCGACACGAAAGGCAACAAAAUUGCAGGAUUUGACUCCAUUGAUAAAAAACAGGGCCUCCAAGUGUCUACAAAGCAGAAGGUUAACCCCUGGGACUUAUUUGAGGGACAUAAAAAUCCGGCUCCACUCUCCUGGGCUUGGUUUGGCACUGUGCGCGUUGAUCGGAAGGUCAUCAAGUACGAAGACCAGCAUCACCUCCUCUUGUACCACACGCAUCCCAAGCCCAAGCCACGGAGUUAUUACCUGGAGCCCCUGCCGCUCCCACCGGAGGACGAAGAGGAGCCCCCCACUCCCGUUUCCCUCGACUCGGAGAAGAAGCCCAUGGAGGUGGCCGACCAGAACAAAACCGGCCAGGAGGAAGAGAAAAAAAACAAGAAUAGGAAAAGGAAGCCAAAGUCUUCAGCGUCGAGAAUAGAUGACUAUCAACAAAACAAUGCAUACCGAGUGCCUCCAAACUACACGCCAAUGUCCUCACAACUGAUGCACCACCCGCAGGCAGCCCCUUCAUGGGGUUACAACCUCAUGGGUCAGCUGCAGCAGACUGGGUUCUAUUUUCAGAAUCAGCCACUUCCACCUGGAGGACCCAGGUUGGAGCCGCCGGGCCAGUUCCCCCCCACGAGCACCAAGCAGGCGCUCAGUAACAUGCUGCAGCGUCGCUCAGGUUCCAUGAUGCAGCCGCCCUCCAUGCCCACCAUCUCCCCCCAGCAACAACUGCUGCAGAUGAAGCUCCUGCAACAACAGCAACAGCAACGUCUUCUCCGGCACCAGGUGCCGUCCAGAUCCUUCCAGCAGGACUCAUGUAAUCCAGCUGUUACCCUCCAGGAUGGCUAUAACAAUUUCAGCAUUAUGGGCCAUACAGUUGACCAAAGUGGAUCUUACACCCAACAGGUCCGAACUGUCCAGCUCCCGCAGUACCCUGGUAUUCAGCAGGCACAGGCCCUGCCUCAUGGAUACACUGCAUACAGCACUCAGAUGUCUCUGCAGCAGCAGGCUGGUAAUAGCAUGCUGUCGCCCAGCUACAGUGCCAAGCCAUACCAGGCUGCCCUUUCUAACCCGGGGCUGAUGGACCGCAUCAGGCAAAUGCAACAACAGCCCAGUGGCUACAUACACCAGCAAGCCUCCCCCUACCCACCGAAUCUUCAGGGCACCCAGCGGCUCACCCAUCAACCUCUGCAACAGAGCACUUUGAUAGCAGCCGGUCUUGACCAUGUGACGUCAAGCCCCCAUGCAAACCUUGGCGCAGUACAACUCUCACAAGAACAGAUGCGACAAAGGCAGCAACAACUGCGACAGCAACGACUCCUACAGAUGCAACAGCAACAGCAGCAACAGCAGCAACAGAGUCAGCAGGCACUGGGGAUACAGGCGGUUCAGACACAGCAAGCACUGUUUUCUAGGCAGGGUAUGCAACAGACUCAGCAGCAGCAGCAAACAGCAGCGCUGGUCAGACAGCUACAGAAACAACUCUCCAGUAAUCAGCCGCAGCAGCCAUCAAACCCAUACAGCCACCCUCCUCAGUACUGAACCUUGGAAAGAAGCACAGAACAGUCUGGGGAAAAAUACUGGUGAUUAGUGCACGCAACCAACCUCCGUCGGGGUUGAUACGCUGGACUUCGCUGUCGAAUGUUCCUCGUGAUUUUAUCUUUUUAUUCUCAUUUUUACUUUAGUUUUCCUUAAAUUUUAUUUUUGACAUUUACCCCUGUGACGUAGCUGCUGUGAAUAAAUAAUGUAAAGUGAGAGUAGAUUAUUUUAUUUAAAGGGAAAUUGAAGUUUUACAAUGCAAAGUGUUUCUUGGAUCUUGUAGGUCCUGUAGAAAGCUGCUGUUUUUUUUUGUUGCUAAAAGUCAAUUUUGGUGCUUUAAGAGAAAACAUUAAGAGAAAAGAUCUAGAUAUAAAUGGAAUUUAUUUAUUUGUUAGCAAAGACUCUCUUCUGAUGCACUGGACCAAAAUAAUGGUUUAUAUGAAUGAAUUUGACAGUAACGAGGUAAGUCUACCUGCAGAACUAUGACCACAGAUGACUUGGUCUUACCAGUGGUCUGAGCCUCUUAAGGACAUGGCAAAAUUGUUUGUUUAAAUUGUUCAUUUUGCCUAGAUUUGUGAUUUUACACAAGCACUUUUUAAGAGGAAAAAAAGUUUGUUAAGAUAAUAAAGCUAUUUUUUCCUCUAUAGAGUAAUAAUAUUAUUGUACAGCAUCUCUGAACAGCUCUGUUGUGCGUGGCUGAGUUUGGUAUUUCUAUGUCACAUUCUGGUCAAGAGGAAACAAUGAAGGAUAAAGAAACUGGUUGCAAUUUGAAAUCUAAUAAAGCAACAACUAACAUUGGAGAAAA